UGUCAAUCAACGAGGGAUGGCGCGCACCGGCGCCUGGUGAUGUCAGCGGAUCAGCUGCUCGACAACAAAGGGGGGGAACCACAGGAGAAAGUUGCAGGCGGUGACGGUUGCACCCUGGAGACUCUCGGGCGAGGGGCAGGCGGGCGAAGGGAGGGGGCCGGCGGCUGCACCAGCAGCUGUUGACCGAGGAAUGAAAGCACUGUAGGGGGAGGCAGUGCGAGCCAGCCCCUACUGCUCCUCCUCUUCCUCCUCCUCCUCCAAACUCGCAGGGCUCAGCCCCAGCGCUCGCUUAGUCGCCGGAGCAGCCAGAGGCACGGGAGGCUGCCGCACGGCCCCGGGCUGGGAAGGGUCCUCGGCCGCCAUGGACAGUGACGACGAGAUGGUGGAGGAGGCUGUGGAAGGGCACCUGGAUGAUGACGGAUUACCUCACGGGUUCUGCACAGUCACCUACUCCUCCACUGACAGAUUUGAGGGGAACUUUGUCCAUGGAGAAAAAAAUGGCCGAGGGAAGUUCUUCUUCUUUGAUGGCAGCACCCUGGAGGGGUAUUACGUGGAUGACGCCCUGCAGGGCCAGGGAGUUUACACGUAUGAGGAUGGAGGAGUUCUGCAGGGCACCUACGUGGAUGGGGAGCUGAACGGCCCGGCCCAGGAGUACGACACAGAUGGGAGGCUCAUCUUCAAGGGGCAGUACAAGGACAACAUUCGGCAUGGAGUGUGUUGGAUCUACUACCCAGACGGAGGCAGCCUUGUAGGAGAAGUCAAUGAAGAUGGGGAGAUGACUGGCGAGAAGAUCGCCUAUGUGUACCCUGAUGAGAGGACCGCACUUUAUGGGAAGUUCAUUGAUGGUGAGAUGAUCGAAGGGAAGCUGGCCACGCUUAUGUCCACGGAGGAGGGGAGGCCUCACUUUGAACUGAUGCCCGGAAGCUCCGUGUACCACUUCGACAAGUCAACUUCAUCCUGCAUCUCCACCGAUGCGCUGCUCCCAGACCCUUACGAAUCAGAGAGGGUUUAUGUUGCAGAGUCGCUCAUUUCCAGUGCUGGAGAAGGACUGUUUUCAAAGGUGGCUGUGGGCCCCAAUACCGCCAUGUCUUUCUAUAAUGGAGUCCGAAUUACACACCAAGAGGUCGACAGCAGGGACUGGGCCCUUAACGGGAACACCCUGUCCCUCGAUGAAGAAACGGUCAUUGAUGUGCCUGAGCCCUAUAACCACGUGUCUAAGUACUGUGCUUCCUUGGGACACAAGGCAAAUCACUCCUUCACUCCAAACUGCAUCUAUGAUAUGUUUGUCCACCCCCGCUUUGGGCCCAUCAAAUGCAUCCGCACCUUGCGAGCAGUGGAAGCCGACGAGGAGCUCACGGUUGCCUACGGCUAUGACCACAGCCCCCCGGGGAAGAGUGGGCCUGAAGCCCCUGAGUGGUACCAAGUGGAGCUAAAGGCUUUCCAAGCCACCCAGCAAAAGUGAAAGGCCUGGCCCUGGGGUCCAGAGACCUGGCACAGAACCUUGGAUCUAUGCACUACGUUUAUUCGACAAUGGGACAACCAGGGACUGAUCGUGCUGUUGACAUCAUAUCCUCUCACCCUGCGUUAGCAACGCCGUUCUCGCAUACUAACUAGGUUUGACUGUAUUACUCAUACCAGUUUAAAAUUAGCUAGCCUGGCAGCAACCAUCCUACUGAGAGGUAUUGCGGAGCGCUUGACAUACGACAGCAUGAUGUGCUGUGGUGGUUCAGGUCUAAAUCUGUCCCACAGUCAGAGAUGCCAAAUGAUCAGACUGAAAAAAGGAAAAUGAGGCUUUUCAGUCAGUCUGAGUCAGGGAUUUUUCCAUGAUGUUUCCUGCCCUUCGGCCAAUGCGGACUGUGUCGUCACACUUGCCUCCGCGCCGUAGGGACAACAGAGCAUAACUACAUCUGUGUUCUCUAAAUGUAGUAUAAUUUGCCUUUUAACCUUUGAUCUGUAUCUUGCAAUAGAAUGGCUGUUUUUUGAAUUUUUUUCCCCCAGCAAACACUUUUUUGAGUCAUUUCACUUCUCAAACCUAUUCCCUACCUUAGAUAUCCUUCCAAAUGAAUAAUACGAGAAAACUUCCAAACGGCCUUUGUGUCUCUUGGAAGUGCGUAGGUCCCUCUAGCUCUUUGCUUCAUUAUUACACCCUCAUAUCAAGUGCUGGCUCCUGGAGCUGGCUGUUACUAUAGAAUUAUUAUUCUCGCAUGUAAACAAAGAUAUCUUUGCUUUAAGAUGUGGGAAGACAUGAAUUUUACUUUGUUUGCAUUAAGUUAUGGAAGAGUUGUAAUAUAUACUUUAAGAAAGAUGAGAGAAAUAUUAGUAUUUCUAAGCAGUAACUGUGGCAAUUUUGCAAUAUCUUCGAUAGUGCUAGUCAUUUUUUUUCUCCUUGGGGACACAUUACAUGUACAUAACACAGCGCAGUCCGAUUUGUGAAACAGUGCAAAUUUAAAAGUCAACAGCAAACUUAAAUUCUAACAUAGAAUUUAAAAAAAAAAAGGUUGAAGUCAAUACUAUCCAGGCAGACAUAUUGAGCUCUAGGUAAAAAUCAAACCUAUUCUUGCUCAUCAUAAUUUCAAAGCUUAACUUGCUUAAAGCAUUAUGAACUAGGAGUUAACACCUGUAUAGUUUCAAGCA